AUGAGUGUGGGCAUGGGCAUCAGCUCUGAACGAGCACCGUCACCCGCUGCAGCGCCAGCUAAGGGAGAGCAAGAUGACAAUGCCACGCCUGCCACUGAGGCAAAUUCAACCUCGACAAAUGGACAUGCACGACCAGACGAAAACAAAAACCAAAAUUCGAACUCCGAAUCUGAGAACUCAGCACAAACACAAUCUACGCCCUCCCUCCUAUCAUCACUCUGGUCCCCCAUCAGCACCCUUCUCCAAAGCUCAAAGCCCUCAAUCUCAACUGCAAAUCAGAACAACAAUUCAAAAAAGGAACCUGAUAAUAACGCUCCAACAUCAACGUCUCCAUCUUCAUCAAACCAAACAUCUCCCUCAAAAGAAUCACAACCACAACCAGAACCAUACUACACACCAGCCGAAACCCCAAAAUUCAAAGCCCUCCAAAAGAAGCGCCUUAGCGGAACCCGCACAAAACAACUCCUCCGCGCCGCAUCCCGCGCAUACAAUGACCCCCUCCCCCACCGGACCUCGGCACGUGUUGUGGGAGUUCGUGUGAUCCAUGUGUGA